AUGAAACAUUUCUCACCAAAACCGUCAGUUGUAUUGAAUGAUGUCUCCCUCGAACAAAUUAACACUGUUAAUAACAAAAAAAUAACAACUGAGAUGUCUAGAGAAGCAGUCUUUACUACUAACAAAGAAAAUGAAGGAGUUGUAACUCAGAUUACAGAUUUGUCUAAAGGGUGGAAAACGAAACUAGUUUCAGAACACAAGAAUAAAACAAAGGCGCCGUAUGCAAAAAAACUGGCACCUAAACCUAAUGUUUCGUCAAAACUAAUCACGACUCCAAAACCGAGGUUAAUAGCAUUAUACAUCGGUGGUCUUGGGCCAUCCGUAACAGAAGACGAUAUAAAAAAAGAAUUUGGAAAAUUUAAGUCAUUAACGUCAGUAAAAAUAUGUUACGAUACAUCAACAAACCAAUCUUUAGGUUAUGGAUAUCUGAAUUUCAAAAAUCAACAGGAUGUCGAUUUAUGCACGGAAGAAUACAAUUACAAUAUUUUGUUUGGAAAUGAAAUUAAAAUUAUGCCAUCAUUAAGAAACAGUUUGUAUAGAAAAAAUAUUGGAACCAACGUCUUUUUCUCUAAUCUUCCACUUGGUAAUGAAGAACUAACAACAAGAAAAUUUUAUGACACGUUUAAGGCAUAUGGUAAGAUCUUAUCUUGCAAAUUAGAUAACAGGAAAAACAUUGGUUUUGUGUAUUUUUCUGAUGACAAAGCCGCCACAAAAGUUAUUGAGGACUAUAAUAAUAAAGAAUAUUUUGGUUCCACAAUCGUUUGUGGUUUGCAUUUCGAUAAAGAAUUAAGAAAUUUCCCAGAUUUUGAUAAAACUAAACUAAAUCUGGAUCAAAAUAUUAUCCUGCAAGAUGAACUGAGUGCCGUAGGAUCCGAUGAUGGUUCGCACACUAAAGUUGUAGAAGAGAAGCCGUUGGUUCAUCCAAAUGCAAUUUUUAUUAAGAACCUUCCAAAAGAAACUACAUCUGAAGAAUUGCUAGAACAUUUUUGUAAAAUUGGUCCUAUCAAGUCUGUGUAUACUUCAGAUGGGCAUGAAAAGUUUUCAAGUAAAUGGGCAUUUUUAACCUAUAAAAAACUAAGUGACACCCAAAAAGCUAUUGAAUUACUCAACAAUUCAGUUUUUAAAAAUAGUCAAAUAAGUGUCACUAAGGCAAGGCCACGUAGAUAUAAUAUGGAUAAAUUGAAAACUGAAUAUUUUGUAAUCUUAUCAGGAAUGGGAACUAUUUGUACCAAGGAAUUUUUAUCGAGACUUUGUUCACAAGAAAGACUCCAUUUUAGUAAAUUUAAAGUUACCACUUACAAUCAGACACAAGGAACCUUUUCAGGCAUACUUUCAAUAAAGACGGACGAUAUUCAAAAGAAGAUAAUUAAUUUUUUAAAUGGUAGACUUGUUGGAGGUUGCAUUAUUCAUGCAAGAACUCCUAACUCUUUGUCAGAAAUAACCGAACUUAAGUUGAAAAUGGAGUCUGCUUCAAGAGAAAAUAGUCUAGAGAGGACAAAACACAUGGAAGAGACUAAGGCUUUAAAGACAAAUUAUGAUCCAGUAAAUAAGGUACUUCCUAUCCAGGAACUUUCUAUGUCAACGAAAAUUGAUGUGGAGCAUAGUGGGCAAGAAAUGAAAGAAAAGUCGCAAUAUUCCUACGUUAAAGAAUUACUUAUUAGACAGGUGAAAAAAUCAAUGAAAUUCCUCCAACUUCUAAAUGUAGAUGACCCAAAAAGUGUGAACACCAUUUCAGGCUACAUUAUAGAGGUUUUCUGGUGUAAUAAUAUUUAUGCAUUACAAGAAUUUAUGUCAAUAUUAAAAACGAAUAUCCAAUACGAAGAUAUACUCCACAAACAAAUAACAGAAGCACUAAAAAGUCUGGGGUUUCUAGAUAAUUCUGCAUAUAAUUUGUAG